UGUAGCUCAGCUGAUCUGGGAUUCCCUGAUGUAGUUGCUUGGAGGGCUCUGCCAGUCUCUGCUCACACUCCACUCACAGCCGCUGCCAUGCAGAUGUAUUUCAUCUUUUCCAAUAAUGUGACGCUGCUGUUUGAUUUCUGGACUGUUCACACGCUGGCAGGUCUGGUUCUGUCAUUCCUGGUUGUCCUCCUCCUUACAAUCUUGUAUGAAGCCUCCAAGGUUUGGAAGUCCAAUCUCCUCAACAGAGUCCUGCUGACCAUACCAGUGACUCCCGAAUGUUCUCAAUCCCCAUCCCGGAGUACGGAUUUAGAAGCAGACUCAGCUGCAACCUCUGACCCAUUACUGUCCCCUGACAAUCUUUCAAACCAGAACACUGAAACGAUAGAACCUCUCUCUAGGGGAUCCCGUUCAUCACCCUGCAGGUGGUGGCUUCUUCACGGCUUUGUUACCUUGCUUCACACAGCUCAAGUUGUUCUUGGAUACAUGAUCAUGCUAUGUGUAAUGUCGUACAACGCUGCCAUCUUUCUGUCCGUCAUCAUUGGAUCUGCCCUAGGUUACUACGUGGCAUUCCCCCUCCUCUCUAAAUACCCCAAACCCCACUACCUAUAGGAUGAAGGAUUUUACACUUGAACAGAUGAAGCUCAGUAGUGAUAUUCUUAUUGAAGAAUAUUCUCAUUCGGUCUCACCACAAGUGUUGCAUUGGUGGUGGCUUGUUCUUCCUAGUCCGUGAAGAUGUUUUACUUUUGACACUCAUGCUUCUCCUGGUCUUCCUGCAACCAUUAUCUCCAUCUAUUGUCUAGAGACUGCUGCACUGAUCUGGAGUUUGAUGUCUCCUCUGGCCACCUGAUGGUGGCAGGUGCCUUAUUGCUCUCCCUAUUGUGAUAACUCCAAUUACAAUACGUACGUCUCUCCUUUAAAUUAACAGACUACAUAUAAAAGCCUAGAACUGGAUCCCUAAUGUGCUGCCUACUGUGGGCCCUGUAAUUAAUCAAAUCUAAACCUCAAAAGGUGUCUGUAUGUUGGGUUAAAUUAUUUUUUUAAACCGGUCAGAAAGUUAAAAGUAUUUUAAUAAAAUUUUUGCAGACAGCAAGAUGGCUAAGAAGUGAGGGAUCAAAUUGCUGAUCUGAACCACAUAUGGAAACGUUAACCCAGCAUGGUGUUUUUUUUUAAUACUGUACUGAAUGUAAAUUUAUUAAGGUUUGUAUUAAAUGUAUUUUAAAGUUAA